AUGAAGAGGAAUGUGGGGUUAGGAAUGAGUGAAGAGGAUGAAGGGGGGGUCGAAGAAGAGGCUUCACUGGUCAUCUUGACUGCGGGGAAAGAUGUGGCACUUGAAGUUGAUGAAGUUGGCAUCCAAGAUGCAGAUAGGCGAGAACUCGGCAGGUGUAGGCGGGCUCAAGUCCACCCGACAUGGCAUUCACACUUUCUCAGCUACCUUAAUCUUCACCCCAAAACACCUAUAUAUGCUAUCAUAAUCCUACCAAUCGCCGUCAAAAAUCGCCUUGCGACGCGAACUGAGGCUCAGGCUAAACGUCAGAUUUCUGACAGAUAUGAAUAUCUCUGCAGACUUCAAAUCUUCUCAUUCUGCCGACAAACUAAAGGCCAAUUGGACGCCCCAUUACUCGCUCUAUUGUUGUCCCGGAUUGCAAAUCUGAAUGAAAUGAACCCCUUCUGGGUCAUUGGAUCACGGACUUUAGCUUUUCUCAUGGUGCAGGAUAGUCUUCUGGCCCUUUCGAAGAGCAGAAUAGAGCCCUGUCAGCCCCCGCCUCAGAUGUUGCGUGCUAUCCGGGAGGAUAGCCACGAGGUUGCUAUUGUUGGUGAUACCGUUGACAAAGGAGGUUUUGGGUUCCUAGGGGGUUAUACAAAUUUUGAUUCACUUAGCAUUUUCUGUUCGCCUCACUCGAACCCCGUCAGCUCAAUAUUCUUCAUCGGGGAAGUGGUUGCCUGUGCAAUAUUCAAAAAUCUGAUUCUCACUCACUGUAUGCAAUAUCUCUUCUUCUCUUCCACCUUCCAUGUUAACUGGGGAAGAGAUCGCCACCCAGCCCAGAGUACUAACUGGGAACAGACAUAA